UUUACUUCAGUUUGAACUUAGACUAACACCAAAGCAUUCAGCACCAUGGAGAGCAUCCGAGCCGCGGUUUACCUGAGCGUGUUCCUGUCGCUGCUGAGCGUCUGCAGGGCGCAGAUUCAGAUGCAGGACAGCCGACUGAGCGACCAGGACGAGCAGUUCAUCAAGAGAGACCUGGCUGAGGCACUCGAUGAACUUCUGGAUGGAGAUCAGGAUAAUCGGAUAUCUCUGGAGAAAAAAGCAAGCAUCAUUCCCAGGUGUGACGUAGGGGAGCGGUGUGCCAUGAAACACGGACCGCGCAUCGGACGCCUGUGUGACUGUAUGCGAGGAACCGCCUGCAACACUUUCUUCUUGCGCUGCUACUGAUGGAGCUGGCAGAAAUAAUCUGAAUCUUCUCUCUCAGGCUAAACUCUUGACAGCAAAGCUUGAGUCUGACACCUCAUUUGUUAACAGUUUAUUGUGUGAAUUUUCAUGGGUGGCGUACUACUGACACUGUUGUGUAUCUUGCUGAACUCCUGUGUAUAUGAUUAAACCGGUUUAUUUUCAGUUAAUAAAAUGUCUUUAUAAGGCUCACUCAUUCUGAAUAUCGUCUAAUUGAAAAGUAUGUCUAGGUUCUCUGUGAGAUCAUUUAAAUGUGUUUAAUAAAACCUGUAAAACACUGUACAAG